GAUUUUUUUUUGCAUUUCAUUAAAGGUAAAAGUAAAAUAUAUUACGUUGGAUAUUUUCGUUGGAGUCGCUGGAAUUUAUAAGAAAGAAAAAAAAAACAUCUAAAAAAAAGACUGAGACACUACAAACAUGGGUCUGUUAUAUGGUUUGGGUAUAAGAAUUAUGAACUUUAUGGUCAUAUUUCUAAUUGUCAUAUUAUUGCCGGGUCUGCCGCCACGUACAACUUUCCCCUUUAAAGAAUUUGAAGUGGCUCCUCCCAAAGCUUUAAGUGGUGCCUUGGAACCCAACUAUAUUUUAGAAGGUGCCGAUCGUUUGUUAGAGGGACGCGUUUAUGGUCCCGAAUGUUUGAUAGCACGUAAAAAUGACAUUUACAUGGGUAUACAUGGCGGCGAAAUCAUUAAAAUGAAUGCCGGUCAUGUUACACAUGUUACCAAAAUUGGACAACCUUGCGAAGAUAUUACCGAAGAAUCUCGUUGUGGCCGUCCCCUGGGCUUGUCUUUUGACAGCCAGGGCAAUAAUUUAUUAGUUGCUGAUGCCUACUAUGGCUUGUGGCAAGUUGAUCUCAACUCGAACAAAAAGAAACUGUUGGUGUCGCCCCAACAAGAAUUGCCCGGCAAAGAUAACCUAAAUCGCAGAGCUAAAACAUUCAAUUCUGUCACUGUUGACAAACAGGGUAACAUUUAUUGGACUGACUCUUCUUCAGAUUUUACCAUACAAGAUUUGGUAUUCACCACUUUUGCCAAUCCCUCGGGACGUCUCUUCAAAUAUGAUCGUGUGAAGAACGAAAGUAAAUUAUUAUUGGACGAAUUGUUCUUUGCCAACGGUGUUGCAUUGAGUCCUGAGGAAGAUUUUAUUGUUGUUGCUGAGACCGGAGCUUUGCGUUUGACCAAAUACUGGCUGAAGGGCAGCAAUGCUGGCAAGAGUGAGGUAUUCGUUGAGGGAUUACCCGGCCAUCCAGACAAUUUGACACCCGAUGCUGACGGUAUCUGGGUACCUUUGGUAAUGGCAUCGGAUAGUGAACAUCCCAGUGGUUUUACCAUGUUCUCCCGUUUCCCCAGCAUUCGUUUGUUCUUGGCCCGCAUGUUGGCCUUGUUGGAAUUGCCAUUUAAACUAAUCAACAAUGCUUAUCCCAAUAAGAUUGCUCAACGUUUCAUUCACUUCAUUGGACAUGGUGAAAGUAUUCAAUUGUUGUCGCCUAAGCGUUCGACUAUUGUGCGUGUUGACUGGAAUGGUCAUAUUGUGGGCUCUCUACAUGGUUUCGAUAAGAGUGUUGGUUCAGUGUCGCAUGUUUUGGAAUUCAAUGAUAAUCUUUUGUUGGGUUCUCCCUUCAAUCGUUUCUUGGCUCGUGUUAAGAACCCAAAACCCGCUAAGCAGCCCACAGUUAAAAUCGGUAAUGUACGUUAUGAAGGUGUCGGCAUGGAACCUGUUGUAAAGCCACCAACUGAGUCGACAACGGCUAAACCCAAGGUGACAACCACCACUACAGCUAAGCCCACAACCACUACUAGCACAACAACGACCACACCAAAACCCACUACCACAACUACAACCAGACCAAAAUCCACCACCACUACUACAGCCAAGCCAACAACCACCACCACAACUACAACCACACCAAAACCUACCACAACCACACCAAAGCCAACAACUACCACCACACCAAAACCCACCACAACUACACCAAAACCAACUACGACAACAACAACCACCACUACUAAAGCCCCCACUACGACCACCACUAGGAAACCAUCGGCCAGCAGUACUCGUGUGCCACCCAAGAACCCUGCUCCCGUGGAAGAAAAAAUUCCCAGCGACAUUCCUGCACCAAAACAGGAGAAAAUGAAAGUCAUUACCAAACAUGGCGAACAUGUAGAAUUUUAAACACGUAUCAUUCACCAUCACGCCUGCAUCGUCGAUAACCCAUUUACCAUCAUUCUCAUCACUUCUACUCAAAAUGGGUUUUAAAGCUGAGCUUUUCAUAAUCUUACUCAUAACGACGAUAACGAAAGCUUAAAAGCUUAUGACUUACAAUGUAACUAAUUAAAUGAAAGCUCAACAACAUAACUGGCAGAAAGAAACUGAGAUUCUGCCAAGUUUAUGUUUUAAAAUGUUCUUAGAGAAUUAAUUCCAUAAAACUCCUCAAUAACUUAAGCGAAAAAGUCACUAACAUCAGGUUGAUCAAUUUUAAACUAAAACAAUUUAUUAUUAUUUAUAUUAUCGUUCAUUUUGGGUUACGGUCUUUAGAAGAAAAUGAAAGAAAAGAAAAAAAACAGUCAACAUUCCAAAUUUUGUUCAAGUAUUCUUUGUGCUGCUUUUUGUAUUAAAUUAAUUUCAAUUAAUUAUUUUUUUUUUGAUAAAUGUAUUAAAUACAUACAUAGAAAAGAGAUCUUAUUUUUUACUUUCAAAUAAAUGAAAAAAAAACAUAAAACGAAA